CUCCAUCGAUCAAAACAUCACCAAAUCAAAAAGCUUUAAUAAAAAUGUCUUCGAUUGUUCUAAGAUCUCGAACAAUUUCAAAUAAUUGCAGUUCUAAGAGCAUUUUUCGAAGGGGUUUAUGUUCAGGAGUGGUUUCUUCUUCAUCUUCUUCGAAUCCUUCCAAAGAAACCUUAAUUUCUUCUCAAUCCAUUCUCUCCGAUCAGUCGCCUCCUCCUCCGACGGCGCCGGAAACUUCCCCAGAGGUUUCUGGAAGGAAAUCUUGGACCUUUCUCAAGUACGGACUCAUCGCAGCCGUAACGGGAACUACUGGUUAUGCUGGUUAUCUCUCUUAUAAGUGUUCAUGCGAGGAAGUAGAUCAUAAAACAAAGGCAUUGCGGGCUGCAGCGAGUUAUACUCCUAGUGAAGAUGCAUCUGCUAUUGAUAAAUAUCGAUGCUUGCUCUACUCUGCUUCUAUGGCAGUUCCAGCAAAAGCACUUGAAUCUUAUCUGGAUCUCAGGAGGUUAGUGGAAGAACAUUUGCUGGAGUAUACUGAACCAACUUCAGAUAAGCUUCUCCCUGAUUUGCAUCCUCUAGAACAGCAUGUUUUUACACUUGUCCUAGAUCUGAAUGAGACGUUACUUUAUACAGAUUGGAAGCGAGAGAGAGGUUGGCGUACCUUCAAAAGGCCUGGAGUUGAUGCCUUUUUGGAACAUCUGGCAAAGUUCUAUGAAAUUGUCGUCUAUUCUGACCAGAUGAAUAUGUAUGUCGAUCCUGUUUGUGAAAGGUUGGAUGCUAACCAUUACAUACGGUAUAGGCUAUCAAGGGGUGAUACUAAAUAUCAGGAUGGCAAGCAUCAUAGAGAUCUUUCAAAGCUAAACAGGGAUCCAGCCAAGAUUUUAUAUGUGAGUGCUCAUGCAUUCGAUUCUAGCCUUCAGCCAGAAAAUUGUGUCCCUAUUAAACCUUAUAAGCUCGACACUGAUGAUACAGCACUUUUGGAUCUUAUUCCAUUCCUUGAAUAUAUAGCCCGCAAUAGUCCGGCUGAUAUCAGACAAGUAUUGCAAUCUUAUGAAAGAAAAGAUAUUGCAAAAGAGUUCCUUGAGCGCUCUAAAGAGUAUCAGAGGCGAAAGCAAGAGCAGAAGCAGCAAGGUCGGCUCUGGCGGCGCUGAGGAUAGAGUUAUGUGUAGUUGAUGAUGAUUACGGAUUUUGGAAAUAAUUCACACAGCAGGAUGAAUCAGAAGAACGUGAAACACUUUACUGUUCAAGUUUUCCAGUAAAAGCACAAUUUUCGGAGAAAGAUUAUACAUUGAUGAAUACUGCGUCAUUUGAAUGUCUGAGAAAAUAACUUAUAUUUUUUGCUACAGCUAA